AUGUCGACGCCAUGGGAACAGCUGAUCAGCUCGACGAUGACGCCGACCACCGCGGUGGCGGUCAAGUUGGCCGUCACGGACGAGCCGCCGGAACCGACGGAUCCUAACGGCACCGUGCUACCCGGCGGUUCGGCGGCCUCCGCUAGCACAGCUGGUGGCAUAUUCGGCACCCUGCACAGGCACAUACCCAUACUGUCCAGGCUGUCGAACAAGUCCGACAAGGCCCACUGCAGAAAUGUGGAUCACGUCAAGUGUAAUGGACAAUCUCAACCAAUGUACAGACAACCAAGAUUCAGCUCUAGAAGGCAAUACAGAAGAGUAGUAUUCAAACACGGCGAAUGUAAUGUUGUUCAAGGAAAAGUAGCUAAAAGAAGAAGAAAAUAUUUACAGGACAUAUUUACGACACUCGUCGAUGCUCAAUGGCGAUGGACGUUGUUAGUGUUUUCAAUGAACUUCAUGCUCAGCUGGUUAGGGUUUGCCAUCGUAUGGUGGCUGAUCGCACUAAACCACGGCGAUUUGGAAUUCUCGGUAAGGGAUAAUAACUCAACGUGGGUACCAUGUGUUCGAGAAAUGUAUUCUUUCACCUCGUGCUUUCUGUUCAGCGUCGAAACUCAGCACACAAUAGGUUAUGGUUCCAAACACACGACCGAAGAAUGUCCUGAAGCAAUAUUCAUUAUGUGUCUACAGAGCAUAGUAGGCGUUAUGAUCCAGGCAUUUAUGGUGGGUGUGGUGUUCGCCAAGUUGUCCAGGCCGAAAAAGCGCACCCAGACGCUGUUGUUCAGCAGAAACGCUGUGAUCUGCCAAAGGGAUGGCAUUCUGUGUCUCAUGUUCCGAGUGGGUGACAUGAGAAAAUCUCACAUUAUCGAGGCACACGUCAGGGCGCAGCUAAUAAAGAAAAAAAUGACAAUAGAAGGUGAACUAUUACCGUUCCAUCAACAGGAACUUAAAGUCGGUGGUGAUGGCGAAGAGGACAGGAUAUUCUUCAUAUGGCCUACGACUAUUGUUCACAAAAUUACUCCGCAGUCACCGCUGUACAUGCUUUCGGCUGCCGAUUUCCUACAACAGAAGUUUGAAAUUGUCGUCGUCCUAGAAGGAGUAAUAGAGUCCACGGGAAUGACGACACAAGCUAGGUCAUCGUAUCUGCCAAACGAAAUACUUUGGGGACAUAGGUUUGAUACAUUAGUGUCAUUCAAAAAAGAAACUGGUGAACACGAAGUGGAUUAUAGUUUAUUCAAUAAUACGUAUGUUGUAGACACGCCGCUUUGCAGUGCACACGAUCUGAAAAAGCUCAUUUCGCUUCGGGCUCAUACUGAAAUGCACCAUAUGCAACCCCUGCAAGACCACUCUACCAACUACAGUGACCCGUCGGACAGUACUUCCGGGUCUAGGAAUUACAAGCCCCGUAGUGAACUACACGACAAGCAAUUGUCCACCAGUGACCUGAUGAUGGCCCAACUGGAGCCGUUCCUCAUAAAACCCGGCGAACUGCCCGGGCCAGAAUCAUUCCUGUGA